UUGCCAGAAGAUGUUAUCCCUACUGAAGAAAAGAUUGAUAUAUCUGAACUACCAAUAAUUAAAUUCAAAGGAUCUGUUAAAUGUAUCAAUGAUUUUAAUAAUUGUGCUAUGAUUUGUGAUAAUAUUAUACAAGAAAUAGAAAAAUAUGAUUGUGAUGUGGUUCCAAUAGGAUUUGAUUUAGAGUGGCCCUUCAAUUUUCAAACAGGAAGUGGAAAAACAGCAUUAGCACAAAUUUGUUUCAAUGAAACUAACUGUUAUUUAUUCCAUAUAUAUUCAUUUAAAAAAUUACCAGCUGCAUUUGUUAUACUUUUAAGUCACUCAAAAGUAAAAUUAGUUGGAGUUAAUAUAAAAAAUGAUAUUUGGAAACUAGGUAGAGAUUUCAGUGAAUUUCCUGCUUCUGAAGUUGUAAAAAAUAAUUGUAUUGAUAGUGGUAAAUUUGCAAAUGAAGUAUUAAAUAGAUCUUGUCGUUGGAGUUUAGAAAGAUUAACAGCACAUUUGUUAAAAAAACAGAUUGAUAAGAAUCCAAAAGUGAGAAAAAGUAAAUGGCAUAUUUUCCCUUUAAAUGAUGAACAAAAAAUAUAUGCUGCAACAGAUGCCUAUGUUUCUUGGCUUUUGCAUAUACAUAUACAAAAUCAGGCAAAUGUAAAAGAUACUAAAGAAAAAGUGACAGAGAAUGAUGAUAUAUUUAAAUAAUACAAAUAUACUGCAGUAUAAAAAAUUAUAUUGCAAGAGAUUAU